AUGGAUAAGUUAUCAAAUAUAAUAAAUAAGUCACAAGCUUAUGCUAAUUCAGUUAAAGAUAUAGAGCAGUUAUGCUUUGAAAAAAUUAAUGAAAAGUAAGAAAAUUCAAAUUAAGUUAACUAAAUUAUGACUAUUUGGCAUAGACCCAAAGAAGAGCACUUGUAUGCUCUGAAAGAAAGAAAAAAUCUAAGCGUAGUUAUUACUUUAUAAUCAUAGAGUGAGGAUAUAGAAUUUAUUUAAAAUAUUUGCAAAAGCCUGAAAAUAGGCUGGAUUAAUAUUUAACUACACCACAAGGGCAAUUAAGAUAUUUUUGAAAAGAAAGAUGUAGAUUAAAUUAUAUAAAAUGGAAUAGCUUCUCUUCGUAAUAUUUUAGACUAAAAUAAAAAUGAGGUAAUACUUAUUCAUUGUUCAGCUGGCAUACAUAGAUCAGGAGUAUUUAGCUAUGCUAUUCUGAGGAGUCUUUCUUAUGAUAGAAAUGAAUCACUUCAAAAGAUAAAAUCUAUUAGGAAAAUGACUUUCAAUGGAUUAAAAGAAUAUAAAUUAGACUAUAUUGAUUAAAAUAUAAUAAAUAUAUGA